UAAAGUUGCUGAACAAUUAACAAUUUAUACUAAACUUUUAGAGUCUAGUAAAAAUAGUUUGAAUGAAGAAGACUAUGCUAGUAAUGCUAGUAAUGUUAGUGAAAUGGAUCUUACUAUGACAUCUAUAUAG